AGACGCACACACACAAACAAACGACAAAUCUGAACAAGGCUGCAAAAGCUCCAUCUCCAUCACCAAAGGUGCAAGCUUUUUCUGCAACUACAAUUACUCAGAAAAAUCCCUCCCUUCCCUUUCCUCACUCAAAAUCCUCUCUGAAAAUGUAAUCCAUGUGAAAUCUCGGCCCGCCCACAUCGGCUGGCUUUUUGUUCGAACAUAUUCACAAACAGAUUGAGCACAUCGAGUUCUUGAUUGUCUUAGCCAUGACCGGCAACCCCAAUUCUCUCCUCUCCUCUUCUUUCUCGUCGACCUCGUACCAGAAAAAGGCGGUCCAAACACUGGCUUCGCGGCUCACCCAUCUGCACAUCCCGCCUUCAUCUUCCUCCACCGCCGAUGACCCAUCUCAGGAUUUCGAUUUUUCCGAUCUGUUCGGACCCACCGCCGCCGCCGGCGGGGGCGGCUCCCCUUCCUCCUCCGCCCUCUUCCUGGGGGACCCACAGGUCAUCCACCACCGGUCCCACUCGUUUGUGGGCCCAUCCCCGCGUUUCACCCUGUCCAAAUCUCUGCCCCCUUUCGAGCGGGAGGAUCAAGAGGAGCUUUACUAUUCAUCCGACGAUAUUGCUGCUAGCGAUGUUAAAAAUGGAUUUCUUGAGUGUGAAAGUGAGAGUUUUUGUGACGGCAAUGGCUCUGAUCUUGACGGCGGCGAUGUGGGGGCGAAGAGAAUUGGGCCGGGUGAUUUUGAGAUCAUGAGGGUGAUUGGUAAGGGCGCGUUUGGUAAGGUGUUUCAGGUGAGGAUGAAGGGUAAGAGUGGGAUUCAUGGUGAUGGGAUUUUUGCUAUGAAGGUGAUGAGGAAGGACACCAUAAUCAAGAACAAUCAUGUGGAUUAUAUGAGGGCUGAGAGGGAUAUUCUCACCAAAGUUGUGCAUCCUUUUAUUGUUCAGCUCCGUUACUCGUUUCAGACGAAGUCCAAGCUGUACUUGAUCCUGGACUUCAUAAACGGAGGCCAUCUUUUUUAUCAUCUCUACAGGCAAGGCAUCUUCAGUGAGGACCAGGCAAGGGUUUACACUGCUGAGAUAGUAUCUGCUGUAGCUCACCUUCACAAGAACGGGAUUGUGCAUCGAGAUUUAAAACCCGAAAACAUUCUCAUGGAUGAUGAUGGGCACGUGAUGCUAACUGAUUUUGGGCUAGCCAAGGAGAUUGAUGAAUCGAGCAGAUCAAAUUCACUGUGUGGGACGACAGAAUAUAUGGCCCCAGAAAUCUUGCAGUCUAAAGGGCAUAACAAGAAUGCCGAUUGGUGGAGUGUCGGUAUCCUUUUGUACGAAAUGCUCAAUGGCCAGCCGCCAUACACUCAUGCAAACAGAAAGAAGCUCCAGGAUAAAAUCAUCAAUGAAAAGCUGAAGCUUCCACCUCGUUUAACUGGCGAGGCUCAUUCUUUGCUUAAGGGACUUCUUCAAAAGGACCCAUCAAAAAGACUCGGAAGUGGGACCAAAGGAGCGGAUGAGAUCAAAUCCCAUAAGUGGUUCCGAACGGUCAACUGGAAGAAACUAGAAGCAAGAGAAUUACAGACGAAGUUCAAACCGGAUGUGAGUGGAAAAGACUGCACGGCUAAUUUUGACAAGUGUUGGACGACUAUGCCCCUGGACGACUCCCCUGCUCCCACACCAACUUCCGGGGAGCAUUUUCAUGGCUACACUUAUGUUGCGCCUAAUCCAUGGCUUUCAUCCGUGUAAAGCAUCAUACUUCUAAAACAAUACAAGGCUUACGAAAACCUGUGUCUUUAAAUUAUGAGUUACCUUUGUUUAUCUAUGUUCAUGUAUUCUAGGUUUCUCCAUGAUUUUCUUCUAGCUAAGAUUUUAUUAGUUGUUUUCGCUGAGUUAUGCAAAAUACUGGGUGACCAAUUUCUGAAAUUGUAAGAUACAUUGGAAGUUUUGAAUUUUAUUUUAUUUUAUUUAUUUA